AAAUCAUAGUCUCAGUUGCAUUCAGCCAGUCUAGCUUAGUUUUUGGAACAACAUGCGCUUCGUAGUUUUUGGCUUUGUGAUCUUUGCCAGUGUCCUGGCCUACAGCAAUGCAGCUCAUAAAGGGCACAUGGCUUGGCUGGAAGGACUCCUGGCUGAGGCUGGUCAUAAGAAUACAACGGUUAAAUUUGGCAACAAUACGGUUAUCAUUACGGGAGUAUCCAAUGCCAAUGCUAACACUAACGAGGGAACCAUUCGCCCAAAUCCACCACAGAACCAGAACCAGAAUAAUGAAGGAUAUAACUCGUGGUAUAACUAUAGGUAUCCCUACUACUACUACAACGGUUACUAUCGCAUGGUGCCCACUAUCAAUGGUCAGAUCGUCGAGGGACCACAAAUCAGUCUUGGGGAAUCCAAUGAGCUUUCUCAAGAGGUUUCCCAUGAGACUGCCCAUGAUCUAAGUGACGAGGAAUCUGGUGAGGAUUAUAGACAUCUGGAGGAUCAAACCCAAGAAGACGAAGAGGCUGAAGAUGAUAUUUCAGAGGAUCAGCUUGAUGAGGAGGAAGAGGAGAAUCUUGAUGAGGAAGAAAAUGAGCUUAAUGAGGAAGAAGAAGAUGAGGAUUAUUCUGAGGACGAGUCCGAAACAGAGGAGGCUGACGAAGAAGAGCCCGAAAACGAGAUCGAUCCCGAAGAAGAUGCUGCUGACCAGGCCUUAGAAGCCUUUGAGAAAGAGCUGGCCGCUGAAGAAAAACUAUUAGGUCAUUAAGGUAUCAAAAGUAUCUAAAAUCAGCAUCUCAAUCUUCACAGAAAAAUAUAGAAAAAUUCAAAAAUCAUUUCAUUAACCACCACAAGCUGUAACAUCAAUUUCAUUUCAUGUUUUUGGGAUCAAUCAUUAAUACAAAAAAAAAAGAUUAUACAAAAAUA